AAGAGGGCCAGGGGAGCGAAGGGGACUGCAGUCCGAGAGGAGCUUUUGGAAGCUAGGACCCUAAACGUCAGGACGUGGCAUUGGUCGAGAGAAAGCCUAGACUGGGAGUAGCUGCCGACCGCGCAGGGAGCGCAUUUAUUAAUUGGGGGGAAAGGAGGGGAAAGCGAAGGAGUGGGAGGAAGAGUUCCAGCCCAAGUGCGGAUGGAAGGGGACUGGGGCUUCUGCCGCGCGGGCAGCCGCGAGCCGGGGAGAUGGCGCUAAGGGCGGCGCGGCAGCUGCGCUCCGAGGACGCGUCUCGGGGCCGAGGACGGGCCGGCGUCGCGGAGCUCUGCGCCAAGACCCACCAACUUGUGGCUCCGAAAUGUGCCCAACGCAGCUGGGAAUGAGAUCAGAGCUGCGGUUCCGUUGGAGAAGAAUGAGAAGAGCCAGCGAUUAGGGAUUUUGUUUUAACCCCUUUCGUUCUUUUUUUAUUAUUAUAAUUUUAUUUUUUCCUUCUGCUUUUUUUUUUUUCUUAAUUUGCCUACUACCCCGGUCAGUCCCAUCACUUGUCUUCUCCAUGUGAAAUAAAAGCCCAGUCUGAACUUCCGUCGCCGCGGUGUCCCCGGAUCUGCUGCCCGCUAAUGGAGAAGGGGACCCGGGGGCCGGCGGGGGCCACCGGCGAGGGACCGCACCGCGCGUCUCCCCAGACAUCCCGGCCCUGAUCUCCGAGUCCGGGAACACCUGGAGGAUCCAGAUCGGGUGCCGGGCUGGGGGCGGGGGCAGAGGCAGCGAACGCUACCCCAAGCCUUAAAAAAAAAAAAAAGAAAGAAAGAAAGAAAGAAAAGUAUCGGGGUGGGGAGGAAUGGGUUUCUUCUUGACAGCUGACGGAGCCUUGAAAUUUGCCUCGACUACCUCCGCCCCCGCCCCCGCCCCGGCCCCCCGCACUCCAUUUAACUUGAGAUUAUGAAAUUGCAGAGGCGGCGGAGGGAAGGAGAGAGGAUAUAACGCGAGUUUAGAGGGGAGAGGGGAAGGUGGCUGGCCGGGUGGCUGAAAUCAAAAAUCCAAUUGCGCACUGGGUUGUGAUGAGAAAUCUAAUCAGAUCUUCUUUGGCGAAGGGGCCGGCCGGAAGGGUGGCGAGCGGGGGGAGUUGAUCCCCAAAUUCUUCGAAGGGGAGGCUGGGGAGAGGAAUUGACCACCGUGGAAAAAGGAGACUUUUUUGGUGGCAGAGGCUGCUGGGUGCCUGGCAAAAAUGAAGGAUGCGGGACGCAGCUCUCUCCCGGAGCGGAAUGCAGCGGAUAGACGGUGCUUGAGACAGGGAGGAACGAAGCUUUUUCUUGCGAGACCUGGAUCUGAACACAAACGUGUAGAUGUGCACACGGGGAACAUUUGAAAAAUGAAAUAAACCAGUGCGAGACCCGCGGGGAUUUGGUGUGUUCUGACAUAAAUAAAUAAUAUUCCAACAGCUGCCCCCCUCCCCCCCCCAAAAGGAUGGUUGGAAAUGGAGAGCCGAGGAUCCACAGAGGAAAAGUACGUCCGUUUAUUCUCUGUAAAGGAGAAAGUAAGCCGAGGAGAUAUUUUUGGAAUGAAAAGUUUGGGGCUUUUUUAGGAAAGUAAAGACCUGAUUCGGUGAUGUUUUCUGUUUGAAUUUCCCACAAGAGGAGAGGAAAUUAAUAAAACAUCUGCAAAGAAAUUUCAGAGAAGAAAAGUUGACCGCGGCAGAAUGAAGCGCCGACUGGGGGAGCAAAAGCGACAGGGCACAGUUGGAUUCGUGCCUGUGGUGACUAAAAUUGAAGGAUAAUUGCAGUUGGAUUUUUCUUCAUCAACCUUUUUUUUUUUUUUUUUUUUUUUUUUUUGGUGUCAAGAUCAUGCGUUUUCUCUUGUUCUUAACCCCCUGGAUUUCCGUCUGGAUGUUGCUGUGAUCAGUCUGAAAUACAACUGUUUGAACUCCAGAAGGACCAACACCAGAUAAAUUAUGAAUGUUGAACAAGAUGACCUUACAUCCACAGCAGAUAAUGAUAGGUCCUAGGUUUAACAGGGCCCUAUUUGACCCCCUGCUUGUGGUGCUGCUGGCUCUUCAGCUUCUGGUGGUGGCUGGUUUGGUGCGGGCUCAGACCUGCCCUUCUGUGUGCUCCUGCAGCAACCAGUUCAGCAAGGUGAUUUGUGUUCGCAAGAACCUGCGUGAGGUUCCAGAUGGCAUCUCCACCAACACACGGCUGCUGAACCUUCAUGAGAACCAAAUCCAGAUCAUCAAAGUGAACAGCUUCAAGCACUUGAGGCACCUGGAAAUCCUACAAUUGAGUAGGAACCAUAUUAGAACCAUUGAAAUUGGGGCCUUCAAUGGUCUGGCCAACCUCAACACUCUGGAACUCUUUGACAAUCGUCUUACUACCAUCCCAAAUGGGGCUUUUGUAUAUUUGUCUAAACUGAAGGAGCUCUGGUUGCGAAACAACCCCAUUGAAAGCAUCCCUUCUUAUGCUUUUAACAGAAUUCCUUCUUUGCGCCGAUUAGACUUAGGGGAAUUGAAAAGACUUUCGUACAUCUCAGAAGGUGCCUUUGAAGGUCUGUCCAACUUGAGGUAUUUGAACCUUGCCAUGUGCAACCUCCGGGAAAUCCCUAACCUCACACCACUCAUAAAACUAGAUGAGUUAGAUCUUUCUGGGAAUCAUUUAUCUGCCAUUAGGCCUGGUUCUUUCCAGGGGUUGAUGCACCUUCAAAAACUGUGGAUGAUACAGUCCCAGAUUCAAGUGAUUGAAAGGAACGCCUUUGAUAACCUUCAAUCACUAGUGGAGAUCAACCUGGCACACAACAAUCUAACGUUACUGCCUCAUGACCUCUUCACGCCCUUGCACCAUCUAGAGCGGAUACACUUACAUCACAACCCUUGGAACUGUAACUGUGACAUACUGUGGCUCAGCUGGUGGAUAAAAGACAUGGCCCCCUCCAAUACAGCUUGUUGUGCCCGGUGUAACACUCCUCCCAAUCUAAAAGGGAGGUACAUUGGGGAGCUUGACCAGAAUUAUUUCACAUGCUAUGCCCCAGUGAUCGUGGAGCCCCCUGCAGACCUCAAUGUCACUGAAGGCAUGGCAGCUGAGCUGAAAUGUCGAGCCUCUACAUCACUGACGUCUGUAUCUUGGAUUACUCCAAAUGGAACAGUUAUGACACAUGGGGCAUACAAAGUGCGGAUAGCUGUGCUCAGCGAUGGUACAUUAAAUUUCACGAAUGUAACCGUGCAAGAUACAGGCAUGUACACAUGUAUGGUGAGUAAUUCUGUUGGAAACACUACUGCUUCAGCCACCCUGAAUGUUACUGCAGCAACCACUACUCCCUUCUCUUACUUUUCAACCGUCACAGUAGAGACUAUGGAACCUUCUCAGGAUGAGGCGCGGACCACAGAUAACAAUGUGGGUCCCACUCCGGUGAUCGACUGGGAGACCACCAAUGUGACCACCUCUCUUACGCCACAGAGCACAAGGUCCACAGAAAAGACAUUCACCAUCCCAGUGACUGAUAUAAAUAGUGGGAUCCCAGGAAUCGAUGAGGUCAUGAAGACGACCAAAAUCAUCAUUGGGUGUUUUGUGGCCAUCACACUCAUGGCAGCAGUGAUGCUGGUGAUCUUCUACAAGAUGAGGAAGCAGCACCAUCGGCAAAACCAUCACGCCCCAACAAGGACUGUUGAAAUCAUUAAUGUGGAUGAUGAGAUUACUGGGGACACGCCCAUGGAGAGCCACCUGCCCAUGCCUGCUAUCGAGCAUGAGCACCUGAAUCACUAUAACUCUUACAAAUCUCCCUUCAACCACACAACAACAGUUAACACAAUAAAUUCAAUACACAGUUCAGUGCAUGAACCGUUAUUGAUCCGAAUGAACUCUAAAGACAAUGUACAAGAGACUCAAAUCUAAAACAGAGUUACAGAAAAACAAUAACAACAACAAAAAAGACAGUUUAUUAAAAAUGACACAAAUGACUGGGCUAAAUCUACUGUUUCAAAAAAGUGUCUUUACAAAAAAAAAAACAAAAAAGAAAAGAAAUUUAUUUAUUAAAAAUUCUAUUGUGAUCUAAAGCAGACAAAA